AUGGCAUCUGUUGAAGUUGAUUUAGGAGUAACUCCAGAAAAUACUUACUCUAUUCGUGGUAAGCAGUUGAAGUUUGAUUCCAAAAAGGAUAUUGAACCUUAUUUAGAAGAAAUAAAUUCUAAGUCAGAGAUUUUGAAACUUGAUUUCUCUGGUAACACUAUUGGUAUUGAAGCGUCUGAGGCGUUAGCAGCAUCUAUUUUGAAGCAUAAGGACAGCUUAGUAGAAGUUGAUUUUUCGGAUUUAUACACAGGUAGAUUAAAUACUGAGAUUCCUCAAUCAUUACAGCAUUUAUUACCAGCAUUUUUGGAAUGUUCUUAUUUGAAAUUAAUUAAUUUGAGUGAUAAUGCGUUUGGUUUGCAGACCAUUGAUCCGAUAGAAAAGUAUUUGGCGAAAGCGGUAUCUGUUCAACACUUGAUUUUGUCCAAUAACGGUAUGGGACCUUUUGCGGGUGCAAGAAUCGGUAAAUCGCUUUACAAGUUAUCACAAGCAAAGAAAAGCCAAGGUAAGAGUUCAUUGAGAACAUUUAUUUGUGGUAGAAACAGAUUGGAAAAUGGUUCUACUAACUAUUUGUCAAUUGGGUUGAGAAACCACGAGGAUUUACAAAUUGUAAAAUUGUACCAAAACGGUAUCAGACCAAGUGGGAUUAUGAAUUUGAUUAAGAAUGGUUUAUCUCAAAACAGGAAAUUGCAAAUCAUUGAUUUACAAGAUAACACGUUGACUACUAAGGCUUCUGUUGUAUUAGCAAAUGCUUUAUCUAACUGGAAUGAUUUACAAGAAUUAAACCUUAAUGACUGUUUAUUGAAACCUCAUGGUUCUUUAAAGUUAUGUCAGGCUUUGGAAGAAGGUAUGAUCAGAGAAAAAUUCACAACAUUGAAAUUACAAUAUAAUGAAUUAGAGGCUUCAAGUUUAGAUCAUUUAUUGGCAGCCGUCGAGAAGAAAUUGCCAAAGUUAAAGUCAUUAGAAUUAAAUGGUAAUAGAUUCGAGGAAGACGCAGCAUUUAUCGAAAAGGUUAAUGAAAUUUUCGAAAACAGAGGUAUGGGUGAACUUGAUGAACUAGAUGACUUAGAGGAAAUCGAUAGUGAAGAAGAGGAAGAAGAAGAGGAAGAGGAAGAAGAAGGUGAAGAAGAAGAAGAAGAUUUAGAUGAAUUAGAAAAAGAAUUGGAAGGUGUCCAUAUAAUGGAAGACUCGAAGGAAGACUCGAUUGAUGAUAUUACUGGUGGAUUGGCUAAAACCCAUAUCAAGUAA